CAGCGUUUAAUAAACUGAAAGAAAAACGGUGGCCAUUACCUUCUUCCCGCAGUCCCCAAUCAUUUUUGAUCGCAGGUUCGGGCGGAGAGGAAGAAGCAUUGAUGUUAAAGUUCCUGUCUAAAGUAAAGAUCGAAUUCAAUGCCUUAGAUCCACGCUUACCAUCUUGCAUGGAGUUCUUAGCGCAGUGUAAUGCUCGCAAGGCCAAGGAGUCGAACCCCGCUUGCCAAUUGAUCGUCAAGCGCCGAACCGAUGACCACCCGCCCCAGAUCACCGUCACCUUUGUCAACGGAGUCGAAGAGGUUUUUGACGCUACAUCUACUCCUGCUCAAACAAUCAGGAAUAUGAUUCUUGAAAAGGGCCAACUCCUUGAGACCGAGCAAAUGUUCCGAGAGGCUGGGGAAACUUGGCCAGUUAUCAUUCCCGAUGAAGAGCUCAAUCAACCCGCUCCCAGUAUCAAGCCUAGAAAAGCCGAAGACAAGCAGUAACUUUGUCACAGUUGAUCAAAUUACAGAAGGACCUGAAAGAGGAGAGGGGUGCUACUGUCUUCACAACCUUGGGCUGCAAAGAAUAGAAUCAUUAUCCGUGGAGUAGAAGGGCUGAUUCAGAGAUGUUUUUCGUUUUAAAUUUCAUAGGAAUGUUAGCUGAGUCUUGUUUGUCUUCUUGGAUGUGAAAGGAUUCCGCAUCAAGAUCUAAAUAUGGCCUGUGAAUCCUGAGUUGGCUUUCACAAGUCAUUUGUUUAUGAGAACUUGUUAUACCAGUACACAAGUUUGAACUUGUUAUACCUGUGAA